AUGCAUAUUGUGGCUGACAUACGACAAUCGCCUUUUCAAGUUCCAUCCAUACCGAUAGCACCGGCGGCGGCUGCAGCACCAACACCAGCACUAGCGGUGCCUCCUUCGGCGGCAGGGAGGAGAGAGAGACAGGCUCCGGCACACAGCCAAGGUAGAGCCAGGGGCACCCGAGAUAAGAGUGGCCCUUCAGAGCCUAUCUUGAGCAAUGAUAAGGCUGAGACUAGUGAGGCCGAGGAGGCAACGAGUCAGCAUGCUGAGUCAUCCGAGAAUGGAGACGAUGACGCUGGCUCGAGUUCUGAGAGUAGGAGUGCUGAUUCUGAGGAGGGCUCCGAGGUGGAGAGCGGAGAUGGCUCCGGUUCAUACUCUGAUUCUAGUUCAGACAAUGGCGCCGAUAGAGACAGUACUGCAGAGUCCUCUCCUCUGAGGAAGAGGACGAAGAGGGCUUCUUGA